AUGAUUCUAGCCGCUGGAUUCAGCACUGUGGACACGUUCUUUUUUCUCAGCGGCUUCUUCUUGUGCUUCACUGUCGCUAAGCAGAAGGGAAAUGGACCCAUCGUCUUCAUUGUCGGCGUUACCAGACGGCUGAUCAGGACUUGCGUUCCACUGUUUUUCCUCAUCCUGUGCCUCUACGGGCUCGAGCCUUUCGUCGGCGGUCCCACCAUAAAGACAUUCUUCGAAAACCUGCGCUACGAGGUGUCCAGCCACUGGUGGCAAUUGCUUCUUCAGACCAGGAACUUUUAUCCGACCGUCGGGAAAAAUCCCAUACCACACGCAUGGUACCUGUCGGCCGAUUUACAGUUGUUCAUCGUCUCUCUUCUCACGCUGCUGGUACUCAGACGACGCAGCAAGACACUGGUUUUGGCAGCAUUCGCCUUUUUAUCUUUGCUGAGUUGUGCCGGUGGAGUGUGCGUCGUUGCAAGCUUGAAGCUGCCGCCAUUUAUGAUCUUUCCAGGGCCAAGUCCGGACGUCAUGAUGCGAACUGCCGAUGAAUACUACAUUCGGCCUUACUACCAUGCCGUGUGCUACUUUGGGGGCUGCAUCACGUACCUGAUCAAAGAAGACUUCAGGAAAGCAAGGAUAUGCAAGAGGCUGCUGCAGGCUGGGUGGUGCGGGUGUGUGACCUGCGGUUUGUUCUGCGUAUUUGUGAAGUUCGCCUGGGUCACUAGCUUCGAUGCCGUGCCACAGGGUGUGACGCUCUCGGCGGCAUUCUUCGACCGCAUCCUCUGGACCCUCUUUCUAGCAUGGAUCACUCUCGCAUGCAGCACCGGCCGAGGUGGCGUACUAACGCAACUGUUGUCCUGGAACGCCUACGUGCCCCUGAGCAAGCUUUCCUUCGGCGUCUACCUUAUUCACGUGCCUUUCCUGAACAUCAUGUUUGACGGGUCCAGGGAGCGAAUGUACUGGUCAAUGUUCAAUCAGGUCACGCUGCUGUUCGCUCUGCUCGUCUGGUGCUUCCUGCUCUCCUAUUUGGCUUUCCUCGUUUGCGAGGCACCGACAGCCGGCUUGGAGAAGAUGGUGUUCGCCAGAGUUACGGAACGAAUACGAAAGAAAGAAAGAACAGACUGGGACGCGACACAUGCUGGAAACAUCCAAAAUGACGGAGGGAAUUCGAGGAAACAGGACAACGCACAGAUGACGUUCUUUCGGAUAGUUAGCCAAAAAAAAAAGCGCGGCUGGGCGGCUGAAGAAAUUCCGAGUCUUGUGUUCGACAGAGACCCAGAAAGUGACGUGUGUGAUGAUGACGAUGUUCUGUUAGACAGUGGGGACUGCCAAACUGAUUUAAGUGGUUGUGAUGAGAAGAGAAUGUGUGUUCAGCCGACGCCUCCAUGA